AUGCAGAUGACGUACACUGGAGGAGCCCUGAUCAUGGCUUUGUUGAUCCUCCGUUUCCAGCGAGGAAUCGCCCAACUGCCUUCAUCCAUCGGCGGUGGCUGCCCAGUGACGCAAUUUCGUUGCGCCAGUUCCGGUCGUUGCGUCAACCUCAACCUCUUUUGUGACGGCCGCAACGACUGCGGCGACAAUUCGGACGAAACAGCUCAAUACAUAAAACUGCUGUAUGUCACCCCGGAACGGCUUGUCAAUGCAUUGGAGGACAACACUGGCGUCAAUAAGUUGAGAAAAAUGUGGGUGUCGCUGCACAAGAGGAAUUUAUUGGCACGGUUUGUGGUUGACGAAGCUCACUGCGUUCCUGAAUGGGGACACGAAUUUCGAGCCCAUUACCUCAAGUUGGGUCUUUUGAGGACGCUAUUUCCUACAGUAUGCAUAGUUGCUUUGACUGCCACCGUGACUUUGGCUACAAGAGAGGAGAUUAAGUCUCUGCUCAAGCUACAUGAGCCGUGCGAUAAAAUUGUACUUUUUUUCAAAGUUAUUGCCUCUUGUAAGCGUGGCAAUUUAAAGUUUACAGUCGUCCGCAAGACUACUAAGGACGGUGCAAUAGCAGAUAUCGCCAGACGUUUAAAAAAAGAAUUUGCCCAGCAAUCUGGUAUGGUUUACUGUUUUUCCAAGAGCGAUUGUGAGCUACUCACAAAGAGACUUGGUAAUCAGGGCAUCUUUGCCGAGCACUAUCAUUCCGAAUUGACGUAUGCAGAAAAACUCAGAGCGUACUCCAACUGGAUGUCUGGAGUAACUUUGGUCAUAUGCGCUACUUUAUCUUUUGGUAUGGGCAUCGACAAGAAAGACGUCCGAUUCGUGAUGCAUCUAACGAUGCCAAAGUCGAUUGAAGGAUAUUAUCAAGAGUGCAGUCGGGCUGGACGUGACGGCAAUGUGGCCCAUUGCAUCUUGUACUACAGAUAUUACGAUAGUUAUCACAUUUGA